UUUCACAAAAUAGUUACUGUACGUAUUUCAUCACUAGCAGACAAAGUUUCAGCAGCAUGGGAGACAAGAGGAGUCCGACCAGGCCGAAGCGGCAACCGAAGCCCUCGUCUGACGACGGAUAUUGGGAUUGUAGCGUCUGCACAUUCAAGAACAGCGCCGAAGCGUUCAAAUGCAUGAUGUGCGAUGUGAGAAAAGGAACGUCAACAAGAAAGCCACGGCCUGUCUCCCAGCUGGUCGCACAGCAAGUCCCACAGCAGUUUGCCUCGCCCACGCAGCCAAAGAAAGAGAAAAAAGAAAAGACGGAUAAAGAAAAGAGCGAUAAAGAGCCAACGCUGAAGAAAAAUAGCCACAAGAAAAUGAGGCCCAGGUUAAAAAACAUAGACCGAAGCAGCGCGCAACACUUGGAGGUCACAGUAGGUGACCUUACAGUCAUCAUUACAGACUUUAAGGAAAAAACCAAGCCCUCAUCCAGUUGCUCUUCCAGUGCCACUUCAGCAGACCAGCACAGUCAAAGUGGCUCAAGUUCCGACAACACAGAGCGAGGGAUAUCCAGGUCCUCCUCGCCGCGAGGAGAGGCCUCCUCAGUCAAUGGAGAAUCUCACUGAACUCAGCUUUGAGCCCUCCUAUGCCCUUUCUGUUCCUUGUCCCCCUCUACGCUGCCUGUUUGACAUUUUCCAAAACAUAAACAUAUGUAUAUGUAUGCCAAGACCUACCACAAAUCAGCCUGACCAAGCAAGAACUCUAGACCACAAACCUGGGAAAUACUAGGAUGUGACACCCUGGCUCUAUCUGGUUUUGCUGGAUUUCCUACAGUGCCCAAUAGGUCAAUGAAAUUAAGGGAACUGUUGACUUUUUACAUACCUUUGAUGAUAAUGAGAAGAAACUGUAUUCAGCUUUACCUAGCUUUACUUACUCUACAGGCCCAGGUUAAUGCGGUAGUAUUAUUAGGCAUUAAAAAUCAGUGUUAUUGUCAAUUUACAUUUAGACAUUGACAUUUGACUGUGUCCAAUAUGAACUGUUGUGGCAUGAUUUUUGGUUUGGAAUUGUAAUGUACACCACAUGUGUCAUAGGAGGAAUUGUUAACCUUUUCUUUAAUUGUACAGUGACCUAUUAAUCUAACUGUGAUAGCAACAGAAUCUCUUUUUUUUUUCAUUUGUUUAUUGCACCUGCUGGUACUUGGUGUGGUUUCAUGAGAGAAUAUUCUACAGUUUGUUUGUUUGUUUUUCACGUUGAGAUUUAAGAC